CAAUACUUGAGGUUUGGUUUGAAAGGAAUGAAUGCUUUUGUUUGGCAUUCACUGCAAACCAAUGGAUCACUCGAUGACCGCAACACUGACCACAACAGCGAUGCUUACCCGCACUGACACAUACCUAAUGGCCGUCACUUCGGACACCGCUUCCAACACAUCCAAGAGGUGUCGCACAACACGUGAAUCGAUACUCGACUCGAAGCGGUUCCGCGACAACGGCUCCGACGCCGGCUAUCGGUCGCAAAGCACCGCCGAUGACGGCUCCGCUCACGACGUGGACGGCGACGACGGCCAGCGGGUGGCCAGCGAUGACGAGUUCGCCGAAUGGGAGACAAUGUCUGAGUCGAGGCGUCAAGAGUUGGAUAUCUCUAAUCUGGUGUUUAACAUGAGUUUGAGUCGCGUUGAGAUCGAUUGGCCGGAAGUGUCCGCCUGUGUGGCGGCCGACCCGCCGGUGAAGAAGCCGUACGAGAAGUUCCCGCCGCGAGUCGGAGACAUACUGUUCGGCUAUUAUCUAAAGGAGUCGUUGAGUGUCGGGAAGCGGUCGGCGGUGUUUGUCGGCUACAAAGUGGCCAAAAGUGGUGACGAGUCCAACGGGUCUGAAGUGAUAGUAAAGGUGGCCAUUGAGAGGGGUUUCGAUGAUCUGAGACAAGAGCUUCACAACUAUCGCAAAGUGAAGGGCUGUCGGAGUGUUGGCCAUUACUUAGACUACAUUUGGUGGAAGGACUGGCAGAACCAACACUACGGCAUUCGUUGGGGUUUAAUAGUGUUCGAGAAGUUUGGACCAAAUCUGUUGUCUCUAAUGAAGAGAUCCAUUAGAAGAGUGAUGGAACCGAUUGAGAGUCAGUUCGCGAUCGCCGUCCAAAUGAUUGACUGCAUUGAAAACAUUCACUCAAUGGGUUUCAUUCACGGCUCGUUAAGACCCGAAAACUUUGUGAUUGAAAGUGAGACCAAUUGGACUCUAAGACUGAUUGGAUUAAGUGAUGCCAAAGAGUUUGUCACACAAAAACUUGACGGCACUGUUGAGCACAUUGAGGACACCUCUAAUUACCGAUUCCUGCCGUACGGCGACCCCAACUUUCACUCCAUUGGCUAUCACUCGGGUUUCUGUCCCUCGCGUCGCGACGAUAUGGAGUCGUUGGGCUAUUGUAUGAUAUUUAUGGCCAAAGGAUCGCUGCCGUGGAUGAGUGCCGCCGAUAAGAACCUGUCGUCGCCGAAGACUAUCCGCAAAAUUGGCAAACGUAUGAAAGAGACACCACUGGCCGACCUCUGCGCCGGUUUGCCUCAAAACUUCUGCAAAUACUUUGAUCUCAUCAGUGGUUAUGAAUUCAAUGAGAAACCCGAUUACCAAAGUCUC